AUGGGGGAUUUCAAAGGCCAUGCUCUCCCUGGAUUCUUCCUCAUUACUUUGGGGAUUUGGUGGACUACCAAGUGUGUUCUGAAAUAUGCCUUCAAAAAGCAGAAGCGGACUUCCUACUAUGAUUCCAAAGCACUAUUCUGUCGAAUAGAUCUGUUGGAGGGAAUUGUACUAGCUGGAAUGGCUUUAAUUGGCAUCCUUGGAGGACAGUUUGUGCCUGGAGGACCACACUUGAUCUUAUACGACUACAAGAAGGAUCAGUGGGUCAGACUCCUAGACUGGCAUCAUUUUACCAUGUACCUCUUCUUUGGGCUGCUGGGUGUGACAAACAUCUUAUGUUCCACCAUCAGGUCACUUCCUGCCUCCUUUAGCAAGUUGAUGCUAUUAAAUGCCUUAUUUGUGGAGGCUUUUGUCUUCUACAAUCACACUCAUGGCCGGGAAAUGCUGGACAUCUUUGUGCACAAGCUUCUGGUCUUGGUCAUCUGUUUGACAGGCCUGAUUGCCUUCAUGGAGCUCUUUAUACAGGCCAAGAUAACCGUGGAACUUCUGCGGACAAGCCUUUUCCUGCUUCAGGGAAGCUGGUUCUGGCAGAUUGGGUUUGUCCUUUAUCCCUUCAAUGGAGGCCCUCCGUGGGAUUUAAUGGAUCAUAACAACAUUAUGUUUCUCACCAUAUGCUUUUGUUGGCAUUAUGCAACAGCCAUUAUCAUCACUGGAGCAAUUUAUGCCUUUGUCACCUGGUUGGUUAAAUCUCGAUUUACGAGGUUCUGCCCUUCAGAAGUUGAACUCCUGAAAAAUGCUGAACGAGAACAAGAUUCGGAGGAAGAGAUGUGA